AGGUGUGAUGACGUACAAUAUGACAAAUAUACAGAUUAUCAAAUACUGGAUGAGGUUGAUAUUUACGUACGCUGUCCCAGUUGAGUCACAACCACAGGCUCAGCUACAAGCCAAGAAACCUCAAAUUGUGGUGGUCGGUACUCACAGCGAGAGCCUACAGGGAACGGCUGAAGACAAGAAGAAGAAGAUUGAAGAACAGUUUGGAAUAAUAUUUGAAGAAAUCGAAGGCACUCCGUAUGAAUGUCACGUUGUGAGGAAAAUGUAUGCCAUUGACAACAAGUUUCCAACGCAAAGCGAGAUGCUGACAACACUUAAACAAGAUGUUGGUGGAUUUCUGGAAGCAAUGCCCAAAACCGUCCCGCUCAAAUGGCUUGAUUUCCAGCGUAACUUGCAGGAGAAUGGUAGGAUAGCAGUGCGAAUGAGUUAUUCUAAGGUCUGUGAAGUCGCCACCAGUUGCGGAAUUUCUGUAAAGAAUCUGAUCCACACUCUCAACUACCUACAUGAUCUUGGAAUAAUUCUGUACUUUGAGAACAACAAACUGCUGAAGGACACAGUGAUAACAAACCCACGGAAGCUGAUUGACAUCUUCAAGAAAAUCAUCACAGUGGUGGAACCUGAUGACAUUGAUAAGUUGGCUUCAAUGAUCAAGCUGUGGAAUAAACUUGAUAAUGAAGGUAUACUUGAGGAAGAGUUAGUGAGACAUCUUUGGAGAGAUGAGAUUAGCAAAAAUGAAUCUAGCUGUGAGGUCUUCUUGGAGUUAAUGAAACAGUUUGGACUGCUCUGCGAGCAAAUCAAGAAUCAGGAAAGCAAAUAUCGCUCGUUUUUCGUGCCCUGUCGAUUGAAACGUAGCAAGGACAAUGUGUCUAUUGAACGUGACACAGCUCAGAUGGUAUCUAUCUAUAUGGCCUCCGAGGAUUUCAUCCCUGAUAGUGUCUUCCAUCCUCUAGUUGUGAGCUUGAUUUCAAUGGUACAAGACAUGGGCUACACAGCCAUGCUGGAAUUAUUUAGCAACUAUGCAAACAUCCGCCUAGGACUUGAACACACUCUCAGCUUAGGACCAGUAAUCAUUAAUAACAAGCCCUCAUUGAAGCUGGAAAUAUUACGGAUGCCUAUCACUCAGGAGGAUGGUACGAAGACACUAACUGGUGAACCCAGCCCUAGAGUAUGUAUGCAGGUGUUAGAGUUUCUGAAGAAAGAGAUGAAAGUGCUGACAUCGGGAAUGAAGCACACGUGUUAUAAGUUCCGUGUCCUGUGCUGGACAAGCUUGCGAGAAUUGCACUACCACGAUUUAGAAAAUUGCCUGGAUAAUGACUACAUCCCAUGCGGGAAGGAAUUGAUAACCACUGGAAAACUUCAGAGGGUGUUCAAGAAUAAGCAGCUAGUGACAGAUUCUUCAGUACAAGCAACAAGUCUCACAGAUGAAGAAACAGCGCCACCAGAUGAGCGUCUUGGUUAUCUGGAAGAUAAGCACCUGGCUCUUAUCGCCAAAGGCAUGAGACAGGAAUGUAAACAACUGGGCGUCAGACUGGGUCUCAGUUGGAACAGGAUCCAACAAAUAUGGAGUGAUAACAGACGAUUGACAGAGUCCAUAAUGGAUAUGCUUACAGAAUGGAGGAAACAACAGAACUAUGAGACAAAUCAAGUUGAAAUAAUGCACAGGGCUUUGAAGGAUCAGGGACUGGCAGAGCUUGCCAACAACGUUUUUGGCUCACAAAUGUUAGACAGUCAGUCAUCCAGUUUAAAAACAGUUAAAGUACAUCCUAGUCGACAAUUACAUCCAAGACACCAGAAAUAUGAAGGAUACUUAGCAGACAUCGAUAUGCAAUUUAUUGCGGAGGAGCUUGGCAAGGAAUGGAAAUCCUUUGGCAGCAUCAUUGGUCUGAAGGAAGCUGAAAUAGACAGAAUUGAGAUGGACUUUUCACCACCAACUGUAGACGCAAGUCUAGAAAUGCUGGUCAAGUGGCGAGAAAGGCAGAACACUGAAGUAAAACACCUUGGAGAGAUGUGUGAUGCAUUGGAAAAACUUGGUAAGGCAGCUGUCGCUAAAGCACUCAGGAAGUACUACCAGGAAACUUGUAAACAAUAAUGCAAGAACAUUUGUAGGUACACAUUGGUGCUGAAAAUUUCAGAAGACAGUUACACACUGAUUAGGCCAGGGGCCAGUUCCUUCACUCCUUUCAGUGAGAGCAGGGCCCAACCACUGCAAUUACGAUACUCAAUAGAGUUUAAUGCCACAGCAAAUAAUGACACCAGAAGAUGUGAUAUGAUGUAUAGGAAGUAAAUGAUGUGAUAUAUUAUACAGUAUAUAUAGGAAAUACAUGAGUUAGUAUUGUACAUUUUGUAAAUAUAAAGAUAUAUAAAAUAUAUUAUUGUUUAACCAUAGAAUCAUAUUUUUAUGACGGCCAAUUUGCUUACAUGAAUUAUAUAUUUUUUUGUAUAUCACAAUAAUUAAAAUACAUUUAUAAUAUAAUGCAAUUAUAAAUUAACUUCCUAUUUCAUAUUUAUAUAUUAUUGUAUAUUUUGUAAAUUGUAAGCUUUAA